AUGAAUAAAUCAAAUAGAGCAUCGUUAAAUCAAUCAAAUUAUAAUAAUAAUAAUGACAAUUACUAUUCAAUACUGGAAGAAUUAGCAAAAUCGGAAACACCAAAAUUCAGAUCAGUUAAAGAUAGCAUGGAUGAAAAUUUAAAUUUAGAAUUUAUAAGAUCAUCAAGUGAAAAUUACACUUAUAAAAUUACUUCUAGAGGCCCAGUUUGUUAUUCUGCCAUAUAUAGAGAUGAUAAAUAUGUAUAUCGUCAUAUAAUUUUAAGUGAUGGUGUAAGACAGUAUGCCGAAAAUAAAGUGAGAAAAACAAAUUCUUUUUUAACUGAACAUUGUAUAGUUAAUGAAUUACAAAUAGAUAUUGGAAAAGGAUGGAAACAUUUUAUGAUUUACGAUGGAAAGAUAAGAGAACUAAUUUUAAGAAAAGUUCUAACUUCUGAAGAUAAAUUAAAAAUGUCUAUUAAUAUGCAUAGUAAUUAA